AUGUCUGCACCUCCUGCCACCGGCGUUACUGAGCGCAUGAUCAUCCCUGUCAAAGGAACUAAGGAGGACUGGAAGGAACCCCUCAAGGCGUAUCUUCUUGCCUUGAAGCAGCAUGAUGGCUACCUCAGAACUCGCUGGGGACCUUGGUCUGAGAAUGAGCAGAUUCUUGACCUCAUUUCCGGUAUUAAAAAGAACCUUGCUUGCGGCUGGAAGUCACAGGAAGCCCAUGACGAAUUCUUCGCCUCUGCUGAGUGCGCAAAGGUGAUGGACGAGUUCAAAAAGGUUAUGACUGGCUCCAUCAAGUCAUACUUUAUCAAGUUUGUUCCGUAUGCCCCCAGAGCAGCUAUCGAUUCACCCAUCGCCGAGUGUAUUACCAUUAGCGGCGCGACUAUGACCGAGGACGAGAUGAGGGCCCAGAUUGACAAGGCCCGAAGCAUGGACGGUCUUAAUGACCUUGCAAGCGGUUUCUCUGUCGGGGAUGUUGAUGGCGGCAAGGUCUUCGUUGCGGCGUUGGGCUGGGAAAGUAUUGAGAAGAGCAGAGCGGCCGACAAGUCAGCCUACAUCCCCUCUACUGGCAAGGUUGAGUCCCACCACGUCAAUUUCCACUACCCCAUCAAGGGUUUUUCUGUUACGAACACCCACUAG